CACACACUCAACACAUGCACAUUCACACCCAAAUGAUAAAAAAUAUUCAGACUAUAAAAAAAAACAUUUCCUCCUCAGUUUAAUGGUGGUAUGGCAGCAGCAGCAACAUAUGUUGAUUCUUCACUUGCACAUGAAUCGGGUCGUUGUUGGCGGGCCAACCGGAACCCAUAUUCAUAACCAUCCCCUGUUUCACUACCAGCAGCCGAAAUGGACCAAGAUUUCCGGGUUUGGGUUUGGGUUUCUGUUGCAGAGGAAGAACAAGGGUGCAGCUGGACGACGCCGUUUGAGGGUUUUAGCAGCUUCCCAGCUCUCCAAUUCCUUUUCUCUCAACAGUGGCUUCAAUUCUCAGGCUAUCCAGACCCGUGAGUUAUCACUAUCACGUUGGGUUGGCCCACUUCCUGGGGAUAUUGCUGAAGUGGAAGCUUAUUGCAGGAUCUUUAGAGCUGCUGAAUGGUUUCAUAAUGCAUUAAUGGACACAUUAUGCAACCCAUUGACUGGAGAAUGCAACAUUUCAUAUGAUAUACCAUCAGAGGAUAAAUCCUUACUGGAAGAGAAAAUGGUUUCUGUUCUUGGUUGCAUGGUAUGUCUCUUAAAUAAAGGAAGAGAGGAUGUUCUUUCUGGAAGAGCAUCAGCCAUGAAUUCAUUUCGUGAAUCAGAUGUAAAUCUAAUGGAAGAUACACUUCCACCCCUUGCCAGUUUUAGGGGUGAAAUGAAAAGGUACUGUGAGAGCUUGCAUGUUGCUCUUGAAGGCUAUUUAACACCUGAUGAUGCUCGAAGUGUGGAUGUAUGGCGGAAAUUGCAAAAACUGAAAAAUGCAUGUUAUGACUCUGGAUUUCCCCGUCGGGGUGAUGAUCCCUGCCAGACAUUAUUUGCAAACUGGAAUCCUGUUUAUUUGUCAACUUCAAAAGAAGAUACAGCGUCAGAUUCUGAGGUUGCUUUUUGGAGGGGUGGCCAGGUAACAGAAGAAGGUCUAGAAUGGCUUCUGGAGAGAGGAUUCAAAACCAUUGUGGAUCUUAGAGCAGAGACGGUGAAGGACAUCUUUUAUGAAACAAAGCUACAUGAGGCUACCUUGUCUGGGAGGAUUGAAUUUGUCAAACUUCCUGUUGAAGUUGGUACUGCUCCUUCAAUGAAGCAGGUCGAAGAGUUUGCAGCUUUGCUGUCAGAUUCAAGCAAAAGGCCCAUAUAUCUCCACAGUAAGGAAGGAGUAUGGAGAACAUCAGCUUUGGUGUCAAGGUGGAGACAUUACAUGGCUCGCAGUAGAUCUCAAACUGUUCCGCGUAUAGCAGUUACUUCCAUGGGUGUCCAGUCCCUUGAUACUAAAGGCAUGGAAAAAUAUUGCAUUUCUCAAAAGUCUGAAGGAGGAAUGGAGUAUGACGAUCAAAAUGGUUCUAGACCCAGUAAAUUGAAUGAGACUAGUAGUUCUUCAGGGGAAUAUCUUAAUGGAUAUUGUCAAACUACGGAUAAGCAACACUCCAGCAACAAUGGAAAUAAUAGUACAAUAGUAUCCCAUCGAGAUUUGGAGUUUUCUAUAAAUGAACAAGGAGCUGAGUUGCCAAUGGACUUUGAUAGUAAUGUGAACCCUCUUGAGUCUCAGCUGCCUCCUUCUAACAUCUUCUCCAAAAAAGAGAUGUCUGGAUUCUUUAGAAAUAGGAAACUUGCACCAUUGACAUAUUUUAAUUAUGAAAGGAAUAGACUUGAGAAGCUGUCUUCUUCAAUGUAUAACUUGAAUAAGACAUCUUGGAGAAAUGAAAAUAAUGAAAAUUAUGCUGGAUACUCUGGAAUCAGACUUUCUGAAGCCCAAACUUCAAAUAGUUCAUUUCGAAGCAAUAGUUCAUCCGCAGAGAUUGCGACUUCCGCUGGUAGUGAUGGAACAUAUCUCAAUGGUAAUAAUUCUUCCUCCUCCUCCUUUAUGAAUGAAUUGAGCAAUGAUAAUGGGUCUUCUGCUAGUCAAAAAAAUGGGUCUGUGAAUUCAAGAUAUGAGUUGGAUAAGAAGGUUCCAUCAGCAAACGUUACAGAGCAGAGGAGCAAUCCUGUUGCUUCUGUAUCUGUGGGUGACGAUGGUUUGGAGGUCAUUGAAGGAAACAUGUGUGCUUCUGCAACUGGUGUUGUGAGAGUGCAAUCUAGGAAAAAAGCAGAGAUGUUCUUGGUACGCACAGAUGGAUUCUCUUGUGCCAGAGAGAAGGUUACAGAAUCUUCAUUGGCCUUCACUCACCCUAGCACGCAACAGCAGAUGCUAUUGUGGAAAUCUCCUCCAAAGACUGUAUUAUUGUUGAAGAAGCUGGGACAAGAACUCAUGGAAGAAGCUAAAGAGGUUGCCCGUUUCUUGUAUUACCAAGAAGAAAUGAAUGUUCUUGUUGAACCUGAGGUGCAUGACAUUUUCGCUCGAAUCCCUGGUUUUGGGUUUGUUCAGACUUUCUAUAGCCAAGAUACAAGUGAUCUUCAUGAGAGGGUUGAUUUUGUUGCCUGUUUGGGAGGAGAUGGUGUUAUUCUUCAUGCAUCAAAUAUAUUCAGAGAUGCCGUUCCUCCUGUCGUCUCAUUUAAUCUUGGGUCUCUUGGAUUUCUUACUUCUCAUACUUUUGAAGAUUGUAAGAAGGACCUAAGACAAGUCAUUAAUGGUAACAACACAGUGGAUGGUGUUUAUAUAACUCUUCGAAUGCGUCUUCGCUGUGAGAUUUUUCGAAAUGGAAAAGCAAUGCCAGGAAAACUGUUUGAUGUCCUCAAUGAAGUGGUAGUUGAUCGUGGUUCUAAUCCAUAUCUAUCAAAAAUUGAAUGCUAUGAACAUGACCGGCUUAUAACAAAGGUGCAAGGUGAUGGGGUUAUAGUGGCCACACCGACAGGAAGUACUGCUUACUCUACAGCUGCUGGAGGUUCAAUGGUGCAUCCAAAUGUUCCAUGCAUGCUUUUCACUCCAAUUUGCCCCCACUCCCUCUCAUUUAGACCUGUCAUACUUCCAGACUCUGCCCGGCUUGAACUAAAGAUUCCUGAGGAUGCACGUAGUAAUGCUUGGGUUUCUUUUGAUGGAAAGAGAAGGCAACAAUUAUCAAGAGGAGAUUCUGUCCGAAUAUCAAUGAGCCAGCAUCCACUUCCAACUGUGAACAAGUGUGACCAGACUGGUGACUGGUUUCAUAGCUUAAUUCGUUGCUUGAACUGGAAUGAGAGACUUGACCAGAAGGCUCUUUGAAUCCUCAGCUGUUCCUAUGUUUUUUUUUGUAAAUCACUGUACAUAUUAGAAGGUAACAGGACUAUAUAUAUAUACUAGUACAGGCCAGUGAAAGCUUAUACAGAGUCAUUUUUAGGGUGUACAUUGUCACUGCUAACUGCUAACCCAAUAAUAUAUCAUCCUCUUGCUUUCCUAAACAA